AUGUCCAGGUUGCUUGAACGUGGGCAACAUUUCUGGGCAAGAAGGCUUCACCUCGAACUGUGUGAGUCUUCAAGCAUCACCUCGAACUGUGUAAGUCUCCAAUCAUCACCUCGAACUGUGCCAAUCUCCAAGCUUCACCUUAGGCCACUUCGACCUCCACCCGACACUCGAAGGAAGUCGGGUCUCCCUAAUCCUUCAUCGUGCGAUAAGGCUGACCUCGCACCAGGUCAAGGGGCGUCUCUGGGAGGGUCUGCAGUCGCCUCCCGGGAACGGCCGCUCGACCCGAUUCACGCCAGGAAGGGCAACGCGCAGGAGGACCGGGCGGCUCCGCGUUCCGGCAGCCGAGCCCCGUCCCUCAUGCUGUUCGUGAUUUCCGAUUCCGCCGCUUCACUUUGCAACAUGAGACACACACGGCAGACAACAUUAACUGAACACUUCUGGAACCGUUAUACUACUGAAAAUAAAUCUGCAAAGUUUACUGAUCAUGGGACAAGAAAAAGACAAGAAGCUGAAGUUCUGGAGAAAAUGAUCCUCACACUCUCUCCAUCACUGAGAAAAUAUAGCAUGUACUCUAUCACUGGAUAUAGAAGCCAAGUCCUCAGUUUCCGGGAGAGGCUCUUUGGCUGGGCAAAGGCAGGGGCGCGGAGGCAAGAAAUCGGGGUAUCCUUGCCAGUUGACAGGGCGAGUUGUCUCCAAAAGGACGGUGAUAGUGAGAGGAACCUGUUCUCGUGGCGCCACAGCAAAGACGGCGGCAGCGGCAGCGACGGCGGCGGCAGCGGGCGGGGGCGGGGGGGGGCCGUUCGUCGUCGGCGUCGUCGUCGCCCGUGCCUUCGUCGUCGCCCGCGUCGUCCACGUCGUCCGCGUCCUCUCCGGGGCGGCGGCGCCUGGAGGAUCUUCUCGCGGCCGCCCCUCAGGCCGCCCCGCUCGCCCGACCUCCAGGCUCGGAAUUGCGAACUGGAGGCGGGCAGCGCGGGCCUCAUCAUGGAAAACAGGCCUACCAACCUGCCCGCCAAGACGGCCUACGAGCAGUUGAAGCACAGGCAGGAGUACCAACAGAUGGUAUCGGCCGCCAGGAAGAAAGGCACAUACACAAGAAGUGCCGAGAGCUGUGGUGGCAGGGCCUUCCGUCGUGUGUGAGGGGGAAAGUGUGGAAGCUGGCAAUAGGAAAUGACCUUAAUAUAACGCCACAACUGUACACCAUUAUGGUUCAGAGGUCGGUAGAGAAGCUGGUCAGCCUGAGUGAGUGCGGAAGCAUGGCCAGCCAAGAGGACAUGACGAGUGACUGUGGGGAUCAGGAGGCCACAAUCGACCUCAUAAGGCUAGAUGUGUCAAGAACCUUUCCCAACCUGUGCAUCUUCCAGAAGGGAGGACCCUAUCAUGAUCCCCUUCACAACAUCCUUGGGGCCUAUGCCUGCUACCGUCCCGAUGUUGGCUAUGUGCAGGGCAUGUCCUUUCUAGCAGCCACUCUGCUGCUCAACAUGGACGAGACCGAUGCAUUUAUCGCGUUCUCUAAUCUCCUCAAUCGGCCGGCACACAUGGCAUUCUUCAGAGUAGAUCAACCUGUGAUGUGCGCAUACUACAACGCCUUUGAAGAGCUCCUAGCCAUUAAUCUCCCACAUCUUGCGGAGCACUUGCGGAACAUUGAGGUCACGCCAGACCUCUACAUCCUGGACUGGCUGUUGACGGUGUUCUCACGGCCUCUACCUAUCGACGCUGCAGUUAGAAUAUGGGACGUUUAUCUCAGAGACGGAGAAGAGUUUCUGCUUAGAGCUGCCAUUGGUAUCCUAAAACUGUAUGAAACUGUCCUGACCAACCAGGAGUGCACUGCCACCGCGGCUCAGUUCCUCACCCGCUUGCCAGAGGACCUCGGCGCAGACGCUCUCUUCCGAGCCAUUGCAUCCGUCCGAACCUCCGCCCACAAACGCACAUUCACACAGAUCCUGCAAGCGCACAUGGACGCCGCGGCCAGUCACUCUGUAUGAUUUCCGGCCGAUGUUAAUUGCAGUUUAUUGUUAUUAUUUUUGUAUUUAUUGGUGGAUUUUUUUAUGGUGUAUAUGCUUGUUUUGGCCGCGACUGAGAAAGCUGAGAUAAGAAAGUUAAGGAGAGUUAAGGAUUAUGAGUUGUGUGAUAGGUUAUCUUGCGUUAAGAAACAUUUUUUUUUAUGAUCUGAUUCAGGUUCACAGUUUGUAUCGAGUUAUUACGGUAUAUGAGUAUUUAUGUAAACUUGAAAAGUCAAUAGAAACUACAUUUUUGUUUUAUGAUGAUUAUUAUAUUUUUUUCUAUUUCUCUUUGAAGACCAAGCAGUUACAUAAAUGAAUACUGUAGAAUAUAAAACCUAUGCCAAAAUCAUAUGACACUCCAUUUCAUUCAUACAUCAAAACAUUAUUCAUAGCUCAAUGCUCUAACCCACCUUUGCGCUGUUUCGUUCAGAAGCUGAUGACGAUGACUGGGUACCUGCAAGAAAGUGAGAUUUUUAUGUCAUCUUCCCACGUCCCGUUAACGUAAUGAAGGGGCUCUUUUCUGCUUUUGAUAUAAUCUCCUUUUUUUUUAUAUAUAUAUAAUAUAAUAUAUAGUAUAAACAUCUUUUUAUUUUUUCAUAUUUAAAAAUGCUGCAGAUCUUCCUAUCUGAUAGGUUUAAUGGGGGCAUACCUGCAGGACCAAACGCUUGUACAGGUUAGUGAUAGAUAGAUAGCGUAAGUUUGCCACGAGAAUGUCUGGCGGUGAAAUAGUAAUGUCGGGUAUGAUUUAAUUAGCCGAGAAAAGGAUUCUUUUUAUUAGGAUUUUGAUUAUUAUUAUUGUUAUUAAUAUUAUUAUUACUAUUAUUUUCAUUAUUAUCAUUAUUGCUGCUAUUAUCAUUUUUAUUUUCAUUAUUAUUAUUAUUA